CAGCGCACUUUGGUCUGGCACAGAAACGAGUACAGCUUCGAUACACGUCGUUUUGCCAAAAGCGUAGCAGGGCAGCCUAAGCGAUGAAAAAAAUAAAUGAGGAAAAAAGUCCGUGAAGCGAGAACCGUAACCGUAAUUCCCAACAGUGCGAGUCACGCCAUUGUGUGCGCAAAUUUUAUUUGCCAAUUGUGCGACGGGCAUUUUUUUCGGAACGGCCGAAUUGUGCGUAUAACGAAAAAAAUAAUACUUAAUUUUUAAGCAAUUUACAAAUUCUUGCGUGCUGCCUGCCUGCCUGCUGUCGGUGUGUGCAUGUUUGCAUGUGUUAGAUUAGCAUCGAGAAGCCUUAGGAGUCGAGCGAACCAAAUGCCGCAGCAGCCGGCCAACGCAUUAGCAUCAGAACGAUGGCCCCAGCGCUCACAGCCGAGCCACUAAGUCCCAAGGAGAAGCUAACCAGCACCGCCUCGCCCUCGGCCCGCAGCUCCUCUGAAAGCGGAGGAGUUGGAGGUGCAGUUGGCUUGGUCAAGAAGCCGGCAACGCCCACGCCGGCAACGGCCACCACGCGGGUAACCCGCUCAUCGGCGGCAGCGGCCUCAGUGACCGCUUCCCCGCAACAACAGCAGCGAUCCUCGCCAGCAAUCAACAACAAGCGAAAAUCGGGCAGCGUUAAAGCCAAUAAUGAACAAAUGGGGCUGAGCACCGCCCCGACACCACACAGCACCAGUUCACCAAAUCCCUCGACUGAUCCAGCGGUAGCCUCCACCUCUGCCGUGGAGCACAACAACAACAACAGCAGCAACAGUACCUCCGCCGGCAACAGCUCCACGCCUAAGGACAACUCCACCGCUCAGCUACUGGCGGAUUUAACCAUUAACUUUGAGGAGACCAUAUCCGCGGAGAUUUGCCUGAGGAAAACCCUACCCGAUGUGAGUCUGGGGAAAGAGCCGGCUCCGCCUGCCUCGGUGCUGGCGGUGGCCACAAGUUCUGCGAGUUCUGGCAGCGGUUUACCCUUAUCUUCGGUGGACGAGCUGCCUAAGAUAGAAACAGAUAAUAUAGAAGAGCGUCUCAGCCAGCUAGAUGGGAAUGCCACUGGAAUGCCCGAGGAGCAUGUGGCACCGCCUUCGGUUCCGGUACCCGUGACGCCAAGAGAGACGCCAAACACGCCCACCCGGCCGCAGACGCCACCAUGUGCCCAUCUUGAUUCUCCACAGCCGGCGCGAACACAGCAGCAGCCAAUUCAACAGAUGACGCCGCAAAGCACCUCCAGUUCAAUAAAUUUUCUCAAAGAUGGAGCAGCGGGUGCAGUUCUAGAGGAUCAGGAUAUCGAGGAGGUGCUUAAAGCGCUAAAAACAUUCGACGGUGGCCAUGUUAAUCCGGAUACCAUUUGCGAGUUUUUCGACGAAGUUUGGGAAGAGGCAGCACCGGUAGCACCAUUGCCGCCCGCGGCCCCUGAAAAUGUUGUCGAUCUGCCCGACGUGAAGCCCACUUGUAGCGGCAGCAUUCUCGCCAGCGGCAGCAACGUUUCCCAGCCGAAUGUGAUUAUUAAGCAGGAGCAGCGGCCCUGGCAGGAGAGUCAUGCUGAAUUGGAGGAGCAGCAGCACGUGAUCUCGCGCCGGAUCGAGUUCUUGCUACGCAGAAUGCGCAAGCUCCAGGCGCGGGCGAUGUGCCGCCACACCAGCGAGGAGGUGGCCGGCAUCAUGGAGUGGUCUGCCCGAAGUUCUCACAAGGCGCCAGUUCCAGCGAGAAGUUCCACACUGACCGAGCAGGAGGCGACUGUCCUAUCGAUUGUCUCAGGACGUCCGAGCACAUCCUUCUGGGAGGAGCAGAACAAGCAUCCGCUUCCCGCUAGUCAGAUGAGCAAUGUGAUCCGGCAUAUUGCGACGGCGGCCAAGCAUCAGCAAAUCUGCCACUCAGCCAGCGGGAGCUCCGCUACUCUGGCGCCAUCCUCUAGCUGGUACAACAGCUCGAACUGCUCAGCGAUGCCGGUGAAGCGUCCACGAAAGAAUCAACUGGAUGCUUCGUUGGCGACGGGGGCAACAGCCACUGCAUCUGCGUCAGGAGCGGGAACAUCUGGACUGACAGUAGGCACGACGGGAUCCGCAACGGGUUCGAAUACCCCGCGGGCGGACGAUAUUGUGCCCGGCUACGACACCUAUGUGACUAAUGAACUCACUCAUGUGUCUGGCUUACUGCACACGGAGCUUCGAGAAGUACAGUGUGCCAUCGAUUCGGACGCCACGGAGUCAAGUUCUGGGGGAGAGUCCGCUGACGAGAUGGUAACCUACAACAACACACAGCAGCUAUCGCUACCAAUCACUCGCCGCGCUGUUUGGCGAUACUCAAGAGAUCGGGCAGGCAUAGCCCUGCGCUGGUCCUGGCUCUGCUCCCAGUUGACCGACUUGGAGAUGAAGAUCCGUCAGCACAGCGACCUUUACUUGGAUCUAACUCAGUCCAAGGGCGAGGUUCAGCUGGAGUCCACAGCUAAAACCUCGCCGUCGCUUCCACCGUCGGCAAAUGGCAUUAAGGAGGAGCCCGGAACCGACUACCUCUGCAGUCGGGCCCGGCCAUUGGUGCUGUCCGAGUUCCGCAAGCGCAAGCUCUUCCAGACCACGAACAUGCAUACGAUUUCCAAGAAAGCCGCACGGCCAAGCAACAUUAAGUGUGGCUGCCAGUGGCCGCAGGUGCCAUGCACCCUGUGCACGGGUCGGACAGACCCCACAGCGCCCAGAGAUCUGGUCGAGACGAUGAUGCCGCAAAACCGGGUGACCCUGCUCGAUGCUGGCUACCAUCCAGUGCUCAGCUUCGCCAGCGAUGUCAGUCAGUCUGUUCACUUGGAGGCCGUUGCCCGCCAGCCGGACUGGCAGUACCGCGUCAUGCGCAGCCAACCCAAGGCCAUUGUCAAGGCCAUGUGGAAGGCGGAGCGAGAGACGCUAGCCUCGGGCGGUGCCGGCGGACAAGGUGGCAGCCGGCGGUCGGGCGAUGCGGUGAAGCGGCGUUAUAUACGUCGCAAGGAGCGCAACAACAACUCAAAUAAGGAGGCUGGCAGCGGAGCGAAGGCUGCUGCUGCAGGAGGAGGAGGAGCAGGCGGAAACGGAAGCGGUGGCGUCGGGGGAGGGGAUAGCGGAAACGGUACUGGUACUGCUACUACUUCUUCUUCUACUACGCCUACUACAACGCCACUUGUGGCCAACACAGCGGCCAAGGGCAAGCGGCAACCACAACACCCAACUGGAGCGAGCAGUUCCAGCUCGCUGUGGCCAGACUCUCGCCAACGCCAACGACCACGCCACCACAGUCCCUCCUCAACCUCGAUCUCGGCACUCAGCGGCGCUAAGAAGUCACGCAAAUCCGCAACCAACAGCAACAGCAGCAAUUCCACACAGCAGCAGCAGCAGAAUCAACACGGCACCAACAUCAACAACCAUCAUCUCAACGGCUACGGGGAUCAGUGGGGGGAGCAGAGCAGGAGUCGUCGCAACUCCUCGCCCUCCCACAGUCAUAAAAAUGAGAGAUCCUCUGAGCGUCGCGUUCGUCCCAUCUACGACAUCAAUAACAUCGUUAUACCCUACAGUAUGCUAGCCCAGUCGAAAAUGGAAAUUAUUCCCUACAAGGAAAUACCCAUACCCAAGUGGCGCAUUGUAGACAGUGAUAAUGAUAAGGGAAAACAUUCGGCGGAUGAGUCAGCGGAGCUGAAACUGAGCAAUGGCUGUGUCGCAUCAAAGUCAGACGAGCUACCCGAACCACAUCUACCAUCACUAGAUCAAGAGCAGCCGGCCCUGCAGCCUCCAAAGGUUAAUGGUUUAAAGGAGAAGCAAGCAGUCAAGCACAAUAACAACAAUAAUACAAACAAUAAUAAUAAUAAAAAUGGACUGGUUAAUGGCAACGCCAAAAAGGAUGAACUUAAGGCUGCCGUUGAUCACGAUACACAAUCAAAAGAAGACGAGCAAAAGGAAAAAGUGGUCAAACCCAAGCUCAACGGAAACUUGGCAAAGAAUCCGAAUGAUAAAACUGCCGAAAAGCAAGACAAAAUUGCUCAGCCAGCUCCAGAACCACCACUGCCUAAGCGACCCAAGCUGGAAGCCCAAGCCAACGAGGUGACCAAGACUAAUGGGCAGGUGGUGCAGCUACAGCUGGAAUCCCAUGAGAGCGAGGAGGAGGCGCAUGUCGAGGAAGAUCUCUCGGAUGAGGCGUUUAUUAUGCGACAUCAGCGAGCUCUUCUCGAGGAGCGACGCCGUUUCGAGACUUUCCUUAAGUUCCCCUGGAGCACCCGAUCCCGUGCAAAUAGGCGCAUCGAUAGUCGCGCCGAAUCUAGUGGCGCCAACACACCAGAUCCCGCCUCACCAGCUCCUCAUUUAGGCGGCAUUGGUCACGACAACGAAAGCAUUCCUUCGCCGCUGGCCCACCCACUGGAAGGUUUCAACGAAAGCGGUGAGCUACUGGCGGGCGGACAGGCACGCCAAGCUCGUCGUCGGACUACGUCCAGCAAGCUUAAGGAUCAGCUGGAACGGCGCAGCACCACGCCCGAUCUGCGGGAGUCUUACACUGUGAUGCCAUCUCCCUUUGAGCCCUUAAACUUUCCGCUCUCCGACGAGGUCUACCAGCGAUUGCUGGCUGAGACAUAUGCGACGCCCAGAUCAAUGACCGUCUCAAAGCGGGCCAAGAGCAAGUCGAUAUCCUCGAACUGCGAUGGGAACACCUCCACAGGAGGCAGCAGUAGUCGGAGAAGCAGCAAGUGCAAGAUUAAGCCAAAUGGUCAGCUAAAUGGCCAGCUAAAUGGACAGCUUAAUGGUCAUCCUGCGACAGCGAAGCUAAAUGGAACAGAUAUGGCAAAUGAAGGUGGAAUUUCUGAGCCGGAAGAGGAGGAAAUGCUGCUAGAAGAUGAGGACGACGACUAUCCCAAGCAUCAUCUGGCGCCGCUGGACGAUGAGGAGCCGUCGACCCCAGAUGUCGAGCAGGAUAUGUACGACUCGGCGAUCGAUGCCUAUCUAGGUGAUCCGGAGGCACUAGAGGAAGAUAUGGGUGAUGAUCCCUUCGAGGACGACGACCCUAACGAUCCGGAGUGGAAGACACGGACCGAGGGCGUUCGCAGCAGACGCAUCUAAGACCAAAAUCCAAAGCAUAUAAUCUUCGUUUUCGUUAUUUAAGUCUUUUAAACGAUUUGUCAAUUUUAAAGCCACAACACACACACACACCACAAAUCAGCCGGAGCAGAGCAACAAUUUUAAUUUGUUUUAAACGGUUUGGUUUGCACUCACAACAGCAUUGCGUACUUUAAGCAAUCGUCUAAGUUAUUUAGUUCUACGAGACCACAAAAAACACAGAUAAGCAGAACCCAAGUACACAACAAACGAAGCAGAAGCGAAAAUCUUGAAAUAAUGUAAAUACAAGCUAAACGCAUAGAGCUAAGCAGUUACUGAUAAUUGUACACUAACCAACGAUCAAGAAAUCAUCGAACGCACCCACCAAGCCGCGUGGGCGUGGUGGAUGUGUUCGGUUCGAGCACUGGUCAGCGGUUAAGUAGAAACCCUAGAAACACAAACUCACUUGGGCUUCAAGCCGAAGUGCGCUAAUGAUAAAAUAGUAAGCUAAUCUAAAUAUAUAUAUAUAUACAAACACAUUUAAAUAUAACAUAUGCAUACAUAAACGUGUAAAUGCCAAGAGAGCAGUUAGCAGAAGAUUUGAAAUGUAUUCGCACCUGCACACAAACGAUUUAACAACCAAGCUAAACCAAGCGUCUAUCUGUAAAUUGAUCAAGCUUAACCAUUAGCCUUUAGCCCAGCAAGUAAUCAGCCGGCUUUGAGGCCGUAUUUCUUAUAUUUUAAAAAGUUUAUCAACUGUAAAUGUAUAGAGAGGAAUUCGAAAGGCGGUAUGUGAAAGCGAUCCGAUCGAACGAUAAAUGUAUGUAUAUGUAUUUUAGUUACUUAGGCGUUUUCAUUUCUACCUUAAACGUUAGUGGCUAAUUGUAGCAAUUAAUACCAUAAAAAAAGCAAAACAAAAACCA